UGAAGUGACACUCUCGUUUGAACGUUUUACCAGUUUCUUCAUCAGCCGUUUACCGUCGGAGCCCAGGGUCCGCUUGUUGGAGUGAAAAUAUCUAUCUGAAAUAUGGGGUUAACCAAGUUAAAAGCUAAACAAGGGGUGUACUUUGGACACCCAACUAGGUUUUGGAGAGAACGUCAAAGACAAGAAACGAAGGCUGUUGUGAAUGUAGACGAGAUGAACAAACUCGCUGACGUGGUUGACUACGACGCUGUUCAUUUGCAAAAAUUAAUAAUAAACAGAGCGGAGGAAAAAAUGCGCGAUAUAUUCGAAGUCGAAGAACUUGAUCUCUGACAACGAAGACUCAAGCUGAAGCAGAUGUUGGAAGAAGAAGAGGAAUAUUUCAUUCAGGAACUUGCAACGAAACAGGCGUUGGAAGAUUGCGGCUAUUGUAAAGAAAGAAAUGAGAGAACGGAGAAGAUUGAAGAAGAGAUUGAGAAGAAAAAGAUUGCAUAUUGUCAAAAGGCGUUAGAGAGAGAGAAGAUAGCGAAAGGCAUGCCCCGCACGAGAGAGGAGGAACGUCGCCUGAGGGAGUUCCAGAAGAUGCAGAUCAUGGAGAGAAGCUACAUGGACCAGGAGGAGCAGGAUAUGGAGGUCAUGUGGCACCGGGUCUUGUUGGACGAAGUGAGAAAGAAGGAGCGACUUGAAAGAAGAGAAGAAGAGAGAAGACGUCGUGAAAUGAUAGAACGACGUAACGCGUAUGAUGAACAGAUAGCCAGCGCUAACAGACAGAGACAGGAGGCGUUACGGGAGGAGAGAGAGAAAGAGAACAGGAGAUUGGAGAGGAUGAAAAAGAAAAUGGAACAGGAUCAUUUUGAUGCAAUCAAACGCAAGAAAGAACAGCAGAUGGUGAACAAGAAGAACUUCAUAGAAGGCCACCAGGACAAACUGGCGAGACUGAGACAGGAGAAGCAGAAAGAGAGGGAGAUAGACAACAAAACUAUUCACACAGCUUUAGAAGAGUUAAAUAGGGAGAAGCUAAGGAAGAUUAUGGAAAUGCGUAACUUACAAACAGAAAAGAAAGUGUUCACCGAAAACGUAAACCGUGAGAGGAAACGGUUGGAUGAAUUGGAGAUGGAGGCAGAUAAGGUGGCAGCUGAUUGGAAGAAUGUGGAUGAAGAGAGAAAUGACCAGCGGUACAAGAAUAUGGAAGACAAAAGGCGCCUGAUAAAACAGAUUGAAAACCAAGAAUAUAGAAAACUAAUAGAGGAGAGGAACAACCAAAUACAGAGAGAAAGACAAGAGAGGAGAGAAAGAAUGGUACUAGUGAGAAAUAAUGCGAUCUUAGAGAUACAGAGGAAACUGGACAAUGCAAAUGAGGCCAUACGAAAGCAGGUUGAGUUCAGGAAUGAGUUAAGAAGUCAGAUCAUGGAGAAUCAGAGGUUUAUGGAAAAUGAAGCCAAUGAAUUUGAAUACAAGGACAAGCCGUUCACAAGAAAGGCUGAUAUGUUCAAAGACACAAUGACCAAUAGGUAUAGGAUGUCCUCGGCUCGAAUUAGUACCAAUCCUGUGCAUCCGUUCAAGAAACUUAUCGAUACACAAAACGCAAAGAAUGCUACUCUUCAGUUACCAGCUAUAGAAUAAAUUGUUGUCAUUGAAAGAAAGAAAGAAAUAAAAUAUUGACC